GAUUGUUGAUCAGUAAGAUCUGCGGCGGCCCCUUUUGGCCCGAUCGGGUUAAAACCUUCCGCCUCCAAACUGGUAUGUAUGCCGGCUGCCUGUUGCAGAAUUCCUCCUGGGGGAAUUGAUGCGAGAUUGCGCAAACAUAGGGCUUAUAGCUGAGGUAAUUUUAGUCCACGGACCGAGGGACGCCGUGAGAAAGCCCUUAAUAGUCGCAUAUAAAAAGGCCCAGAAAAACUUGUGAACGAUGGCGUUAAAACCGCCUAGAGUGGCAGAAAUUCGACAUGACGAAUAAACAAUUCCAGGUGUUAUUGCAUACAGCACAGUCGUUGUUUUCUGGGCUACCAGAAGGAAUCCAGAAAGUGCUGUUUAACUCCCGUGUACAAAAAGGUCUAGCAUUGUUCAUCGCCUUCCGACUUGCGAAAGGGGUCAACAGCUAUCUUUCGAGGCGCGCGCAGAACAACUGGUUGACAAUUGACCAGUGGGACCCGGCUACAGAGCUGGUAGCCCUCACGGGAGGAGCCAGUGGUAUUGGCAAACAGAUGGUGAAAGAUCUCUCGCAACAAAAUGUCAAGAUCGUGAUCCUGGAUGUAACGGAGCCGGACUAUCCGCUGCCCCCAAAUGUCUUUGUCUACCAGGCAGACAUCACCUCCCGAGCGGCCCUCAAACAAGUGGCAGACCAGAUCAGGAAAGACCAUGGUGACCCCACGGUCCUAAUCAACAAUGCCGGGGUAGCAUUGGGAGGGUCCAUCCUGGACGAAUCUGACGAGCAUAUCCGCCGCACCAUGGAAGUGAACACGCUUUCGCACUUUUGGACGGUUAAGGAGUUUCUACCUAGUAUGGUCGAGAAGGAUCACGGUCACAUCAUUACCGUGGCGAGCUUAGCCAGCUUUGUCAGCUUCGUGGGUUGUGUCGACUAUUCCUGCUCAAAAGCCUCGGCCUUGGCCUUUCACGAGGGUCUUACCCAAGAAAUUCGGCAUAUAUACGGCUCGAGGAAUGUUAGAACAAGUGUUAUUCAUCCUCUCUGGGUUCGCACUCCGAUGAUUGAAAAGAUGACGCAGGCUGGCAGCCACUGGAAAGAGCCAGUCUUAGAGCCUCAUGAGAUCUCAUCUGCUGUGAUUCGGCAAAUUGUUUCCGGUAAUGGUGGGCAGGUCGUGAUUCCUGGCUCGUACGGGCUAACUGCGCUUGUGAGGGCGUAUCCGAAUUGGAUCCAGGAAUGGAUUCGCAACACAGCGUCUGAGAAAAUUGUCACUCUGCGGCGUCUUGAGAGAGAGAUGAGUAAGUAGAUGGGGUGCUGAUAUGAGUAACCCAAGUGGAUGGCGAUAAGUUCAAACUUUGUGAUGAU